AUGUCUUCUGAGAGCGACCUCGCGCAUGAUCGUUUGAGUUUGUUUGAGGAAGACCUCGCGGGCCAGUGCGAGCGCCGGGGCGACGCGGCGGGUGUGGUGAUCGCUCGCUCCCGGUUAAGUCAGGAGCAGAUGCAGAAAUUAUUAGCAGAAAUGCGGCGCCGGGACGAGCCCAUGGACGCAAAAACCCUCGAAGCGGAGAUCCGAAAGUUGGGCGGGACCGUAGUCGAGCCCGCGGCCCUUAGAGCCAAACCGAAGAAAACGACCAAGCGGAAGAGCCCCGAGGUCAUCAAGAUACAGGACUCGUCCGACGAGAAGGCGUCGAGCAGCGAAGACGAGGACGAGAAGCCGUCGCCCGCGAAGAAGGCGAAGGCCGCACACGCGGACCCCAUGUGGGCCCGGAUGAUGGGUGGCAUGGCGAACAUUAUGGAGCAGCGCCCCGGCGGCGCGAACAGCGCGGCGUUUAUCCGCUCAUGCGCUGUUCAACCGUUAAGCGAGCAGAAGAUUGACGAGUUAAAAGAGGCCCUCUCGAUGAAGAACCAACUUUUUGAACAACAGAAGCAGGCGAUCGCAAGGAAGGCGAAGAAGGCGAAGGCCGUGGACCCGGAGGAGGACGCCGAAUUGAUCUGCCGGCCCAAAAAGACGGGAAAGAGUUGCUAG